CGCGCCCAAAUGAUCGCCAGAAUGGAGUGAACCGUGUGCGUGCGUGUACGCGUGCGUGGCGCCAGAGAAAUGCAGAGUGAGCCACGCAGAACACUACCAUAAUAGGCACAAGCUACCACGCGCACAGGCGAAGCCGCUUGAUAAACUACACUUACUGAAAGGAGGGCUUUGUAACUUCACUGUCAACGAGACUAAAAUGGGAGGCAAGCUCAGCAAAAAGAAGAAGGGAUACAAUGUAAACGAUGAGAAGGACAAGGAUGCCAAACCAGAGGGUGCAACAGCCGAGGAGAGCGAACCUCAGAACGACAAAAAGGACGAGGCCCCUGCUCCCGCCGAGACCACCGAGAUAGCUAACGACACAAAGGAUGUGCCCGCAGCCGAUACCACGAUGACCAAGGAGGAAGAAAAGGGCGCCUCCCCUCCCACCAAGGAGCCGGAAAAACCUGCAGCAGAGCCCAAAGCGGAGAUGUCUAAGGCUGCGGAAGUCACCGACCCUGCCCCCAAGGAGAAACCAGCCGCCCCUGCGAAAGAGCCAGCCCCCUCCACUAAGGAAGCCGCCCAAGCUCCAGAGGUCAAGGCCCAGGCGCCUGCACCACCCGCAGCCCAGGCUGAAAGCAAAGACGAGGCCGACGCUAAAAAGACUGAGGCCCCUGCAGUACCAGUGGCUAAAGCCGAGGCGGCCCCUGUUGCCGCUGCCCCCCAGGCCAAGCCCACAGAAGCAGCAGCGGCGGUCCCGGCCAAGGAGGCCCCGGCUGCCCGUUCAACAGCAGCACCACUGGCUGCCACUGAGCCCGCUGCACUGGUCAAGGAGGCCAAUGCCACAGAGGCCCCAGUUCCAAGCAAGGAUCAAACCGUAGAAGUUCAAGAUUAAUGGACACCUCUUUUAAGAAAAUACAUUACAUUAAACAACAAAAAUGAAGUAAAAUAGAGAAAAAAAUGUAAUAAAAUAGCCCACCCAUAUUAAUAUUAAAAUAAUAAUAAUAAUGAUUUGUUGGAGGAGGAUUGUGACAACAACCUUGAGAAGGAUGAUGCUGCUGCUGCCGACGAUUAUUAUUGUUAUGGUUAUUCUAUUUUUUUCUGCUGUAGUAUUUGAACUUUAAUAAAAGUCUGUCAGCCAUAUGCCCCUCCAUUCCACAGCAUCCUUCCUCCAUCCAUUUCUGGGAUUCAGCAUUCUCCCCCUUCAUCUCUCUCACAGUCCUCUCAGAGACCUCUGUAGUCUGGGACUAUACACGUACAUUUCCCAUAGACAGUGUGCUGCCGAUGUCUGAAAACGAGGGGGGGGUGGGAAAGGGGAUUGAAUCUAUUUACUAGCUGGACAUGCACUCUGUCUGUCCCAUCCUCGACUCACCCCCUCCCCCAUUCCCCAAACUCGCUCCUCUCCGGAGUGUUCUCUGCUACCGUACCUGGCACGUCUGUUUUAGCACCAAGUGAGUUCCCUUUGCUGUUCCCAUAGUCGGCAACUUAUUUGGUAUUUUUGGGUUGUUCGUGCUGUAUAUGGUCACUCAGUUUCUUGCCGCCUGUUUCCCCACAGGUUCAUGCCACCUCGUUCAGACGCUGUCAGAGUUGAGAGGAGGUACUUUGGAAAUUCUGAGACUUUCCUAGAGGUACAAUAUGUCGACACAUUCUUAGGGAUAUGAAAAUGCCCUAAAGUUUUUUUUUUUUUUUUUUACAACAUUCUUAUACCUUAGUUUUUCUAAGAAAAACAUUAGUUGUAGAUGAUCAGGCCAGUUUGAAGCAUUUCUUAAAUGUUCCUAGAAAUCCUGAAAAGCUUUGUAGAUUGUUCUCGACGUUCCAGCUCUGAAUUUGCAGACAUUGGGAAUUCUCAGUUAAUUUGGGCCACUCUGACUGCAGCAUAGACUCUCUCCCCCUACCCCCCCACUGUGUCUUAUUUCAAUUGAAAAAUAAGACGUAUCUACUGCGUUUCAAUCAAUGUAACUCAAUGGCUCUCAGCCUAUAUCACAAAGGUGCAAUACAUUUACACCCUAAAAAGGGAUUGUGCCCAGCUGACAACAGUAGUAGUGUUGUCUGGGGAUGGGAGUUCUAAAUUAAUGAUACUGCAUGAGGCAUCUACAGCCUACCCAGGCUGCCAUGGUCCCUGUAACCAUGGCUACCAUGUGACAUGUUCGAGUAGUAAGAUGGAAGAAACCCGCGCAAGGAAGGGAGCCUCUAAUCUUGUCAUCUCCACCCACCAUGCAUUUGUACUCUUUCUGCUCAUAUAUGUUACAUAUAUGUAGGUAUACAGUACCAGUCAAAGGUUUGGACACACCUACUCAUUCAAGGGUUUUCUUUAUUUUUACUAUUUUCUAUAUUGUAGAAUAAUAAGGAAUACAUCAACACUAUGAAAUAGCACACAUGGAAUGGUGUAGUAAACAAAAAAUUGUUUAAAAAAAAUGUGGAAUAUAUUUUAGUCUUCAAAUAGCCACCCUGCCUUCAUGACAGCUUUGCACACUCUUGGCAUUCUCUCAAAGGGCUUCAUCUGGAAUGCUUUUCCAACAGUCUUGAAGGAGUUCCUACAUUGCUUUUCCUUCACUCUGUAGUCCAACUCAUCCCAAACCAUCUCAAUUGGGUUGAGUUCAGGUGAUUUGUGGAGGCCAAGUCAUCUGAUGCAGCACUCCAUCACCUGGAGGUGUGUUGUCAUUGUCCUGUUGAAAAGCAAAUGAUAGUCCCGCUAAGCGCAAACGCCAUGCUGGUUAAGUGUGCCUUUUUAAUUCUAAAUAAAUCACUGACGGUGUCACCAGCAAAGCACCCCCACACCACCUCCUCGGUGGGAACCACACAUGCGGAGCUCAUCAGUUCACAUACUCUGCGUCUCACAAAGACACGGCGGUUGGAACCAAAAAUCUCACAUUUGGACUCAUCAGACCAAAGGACAGAUUUCCACCGGUCUAAUGUCCAUUGCUCAUGUUUCUUGGCCCAAGCAAGUUUCUUCUUAUUGGUGUCCUUUUAGUAGCGGUUUCUUUGCGUGAAUCAUGCCUUCAUGGUUGAAUUGAUGCAGUCUCAUCUGAACAGUUGAUGUUGAGAUGUCUUACUUGAACUCUGAAGCAUUUGGGCUGCAAUUUCCGAGACUGGUCACUCUAAUGAACUUAUCCUCUGCAGCAGAGGUAACUGGGUCUUCCUUUCCUCUGGCGGUCCCCAUGAGAGCCAGUUUCAUCAUAGCGCUUGAUGGUUUUUGCAAUUGCACUUAACUUUCAAAGUUCUUACAUUUUCCAGAUUAAGAAGGAAAGAAUUGCCACAAAUAAACGUUUAACAAGACACACCUGUUAAUUGAAAUGCAUUCCAGGUGACUACCUCAUGAAGCUGGUUGAGAGAAUGCCAAGAGUGUGCAAAGUUGUCAAGGCAAAGGGUGACGACUUUGAGAAUCUCAAAUUUAAUAUAUAUUUUGAUUUAACUCUUUUUUGCUUACUACAUGACUCCAUAUGUGUUAUUUCAUAGUUGUGAUGUCGUCGCUAUAGUUCUACAAUGUAGAAUAUGGUAUAAAUAAAGAAAAACCCUUGAAUGAGUAGGUGUUCCCAAACUUUUGACUGGUGCUUUAUAUGUAGAUUUAUUCACUUCAUUCAUUCAUUCAUUGAGUACAGUACCUUUCGGUCAGUUUCUCCCAGUUGACACACAACAUUUUUAUUUUUGCCCAACAAUGUAAAAACGUUGCGAGAAUGUUGUGUGUCACUUGGGGGAUUGUCUCUUCCUCUCUUGACAAAGUAAUUGCAUGUCCGUGGUUGGGUAAACCUGUGUUGUCCUGUCUUUCGGUGAAGUGCAAAAUAGCUUUUUUGAAGUCUGCAUUCAUGGCAAUUACAGUUGAUAUUUCAUUCCAUGUCUUACCGCUAUCGUCACACCACCUCUAAUUCAAACAAAGUCAAAUAAAAAUGUAAGCAUUCAAGUGAUAUGUACUUGUAUAAAUGGUGCAGCAGUAAUAAAAUGUAAGAAAUUGAUUGAAACUUCA